AUGACUCCAGAACAAGAGAAGCAGGCCCAGGCGCAGUACGAAGAGAACCUCAAAGCCGCCAUCAUCUCCCACGCCCGCGUUAUCUUUGGCCUCGAGGACUCCUUGACCGACGUCGUCAGUAGCGAGGUUCCACAAGGCUUCGUCUCCCACGUCAUCCACUAUCCCAAGAUAAAGUCGUACCGGGGCGGGUUCAAGAGACUUUUGUCUUCUAAAACAUGCUCCGGGGUAUCAGAAACCUACGAAAACCUACUGCAGUUUCUUCGUUCUAGGAUGGCCGAGUACUUAGGUAAUUAG